AUGACUUAUGCAGAAUUGUAUCCUUCUUUGGUUUUCAAGAAUCUGAUUCAACCAAGAAAUCCUCCACACACUCCUGAAUCGUUGCCAUGGUGGUUCAAGCCUAAUUUGCACUGUGAUUUUCAUCAGGGAGCUCUUGGCCAUGAUAUUAAAAAUUGCUAUCCUUUGAAGUAUGAGAUUCAUAAACUGAUUAAAAGAGGUAUGGUGUCCUUUGAGGACCAAGCACCUAAUGUUAAAGCCAAUUUGUUUCUAGCUCAUGGAAAUGCCUCUAUGAACAUGGUGUUGAAGACCCCCGAGUGGGUAGUUAUUCAGUUCGACAAUAGUAGCAGCAAGAAUGUUAAUAGAUCGGUGUCUCCGUUGGUUAUAUGGUUAGCGGGCCCCGUCCCCUAUUCAUCCGAUAAGGUUGUGAUGUAUAAGUACAAUGAUACCAUGACUGAGAAUGGGCAAGAGGUUCCUCUUCUUGCCGGGAAUUCAAUUGUAAGCAUUGCAGAUGUAGUGAAGGUGACAUGUGGUGGUCGUGUUUUUGGACCUGUAUCUCCUAGAGUUGUGGAAGAUGUUACCAUAGGUAAUAAGGUCGACGUUCCUGUAGUUGAUCCGAUUAAUGCUCCAACUUGUCAGUCUGGAGAGUCCAGCGGGUUGAAGAUUAAUGUUGACGAUGAGGUUCUACGUCUGAUUAAGAAGAGUAAGUUCAACGUUGUGGAGCAACUGCUCCAAACGCCAUCAAAGAUUUAUGUGUUAUCAUUAUUAAUGAACUUCGAGGCGCAUAAAGAGGCUUUGAAAAAAGUCUUUAGUGGUGAAGAACUUCCCGAGAAAGGUAGAAAUCACAACUUGGCGCUUCACAUUUCAAUGAACUGCAAAGAGGACACUAUGUCGAAUGUAUUGGUUGAUACUGGUUCAUCAUUGAAUGUGUUUCCCAAGUCAACUUUGGCAAGAUUAUCGUAUCAAGGCGCACCAAUGGGGUACAGUGGUGUAGUGGUUAAAGCGUUUGACGGUUCCCGAAAAACUGUCAUUGAAGAGAAGCUGAAAUUUGUUAAGAACGGCAAGCUAGUCAUUGUUGAUGGGGAGAAAGCACUUUUAGUGAGCCAUUUGUCAUCCUUCACUUAUGUGGAAGCUGAAGAAUAA